AUGGCCGAGACUUGCAUAGUCUGCCUCGGCGACCUCGCCCCCCAAGACGAAGGCCACCUUUUGGCCAUCGAAUCCGCGCUAGACAACGAGUCGCUUGAGCAUGGGGCUCGUCAUCCUAGCAAGGUCCAGAAGAUUGUCUCCCCGGCCUCUGAGCCCACCCCGAGCGACGACGAAUUAGUCGCCCACUUGCUCCCUUGCGGGCAUAACUUGCACAACGAAUGUCUCAAGCCAUGGGUUGAAAGGGCAAAUAGUUGUCCCAUCUGUCGGGCCAGCUUCAACAUGGUGGAGCUUAGCGCAAGGGUAGGAAGCACCAUUCUAUCCUCCUAUGGCGUCCAGGAUCGACAACAAGUUGCCGAAAUCGACCCCUCCAUGAUCGUCGAGGAAGACUACUAUAAUCUCGUAGACGAUGGGAGCUACGAUGCAUGCAUGAUAUGCGAUGAGUUCGGGGACUCGGCGCAGCUCAUGUUCUGCCACAGCUGUGAACAGAUCUGUCAUGUCUUUUGUGCCGGCCUCGAUGCAAUGCCUUCCCGUGGUGCAUGGUACUGCCAACAUUGCAUGGAGAAUCCUGAACUGCUCGCCGCAGCCACGCGACGGCAGCCCCCACGUGGCCCUGCCGCCUUCAUCAACGGGCGAUCACGCAUCCGUCGGCGACGCCCUCGUGCUCCAGAUGAAUGGGUCGGAGUCUGGCAGAGUGUGUGGGAUCGACUCCAUUUCGAUAUUGAAUUCCCCUUCGAGGACGAAGAACAAUCUGACAACCGAUCUGAAGUACAGCGACGAGAAAAUCAGGAAUGGGAGCGUCGUUUUGAGCUUGCCCGCCGAAUGGGUGCUGGGAACCGAUUCCGUGCUACUAACAACGUAUUGCAUCAUCGCGAAGCCCCCAAGACCCCGAAGGACCCCGAAUCUCAAGAGGAGUUACGAGCAUGGAACCAGUUCGAGAAGGCCAGGGAGCAGAGGGCUCAACUGGAAAACCGUUCGACUACAAGUAGCAGUCGGCGUCAAAAGCGGAAGUCUGUCGACUCAUCGCCUGCCGAAUCAGAGUCUCGGAAUCGCGAACCCGAGCGAAAACUAAAGCGCCCGAGGACGCGAGCCAACUUAGAAACGGGCGAGUCUUCAGCGACUGCAGCUCGCCGCCCUGAACACAAUAACAGGUCGCCUCCAAAUGGCUUGAAGGAUGCCGCUGACCCUGGAACCGCAUCUGGGUUCCUUCAAUCCCUCCUCAAGGAGGUCGAAGUUGACCGUCAUGCCGAAGACAAAGAAAUUGCCGCACCACAACCUAAACGCAUCAUCGUCGAGCGGGCUUGUUCUCCUCAAAACUCGUCUCCAGGAUUAUCGCCCGUGUAUCCAACACCGCACGGCAUGACGACCCCACCGCCACUCAACCUCACUGGGCUGAGUUCCCCCAAUCACCAAGACUCUGAUCAACACUCCCCAGCAUACUCUCCCUUCUCCCCAGCAGACGAUGACCCCCGAAUCGGUCGCCGGAAACAAGCUUACCGCUCUGCAGGCCUUAACAGCCCACCUCGCUCAAAAGACUCAUCACCAACACGUUCAUCGCACCUCUCAUACUCCACAAAAGCGGAAAUCCAACGUAUGGUCACCGUCGCCCUCAAACCGCUCUACACCAAGAAAGACAUCUCCAAGGAUGAAUACACUGAGAUCAACAGAGACAUUUCAAGGCUAUUAUAUGAUCGUGUGGGCGAUGCUGGCGCAGAAGCCCUCACAGAUCACGAUACCAGAGAGAAGUGGCAGAAGAUGGCAGUUGAUGAGGUCGAUGCUGUAGUAAAGACUUUGAGAUUAAAUACGGUUGCUAGUGUGGAGGACUCGGCGUCUACUUCUUCAUGA